AUAGAUUAGAAAUAUAUUGAGUUUAAUCAAGUACAUGAUAAUAUUUUUAGAAAUUGAUAAUCCGAUUAAUAUCAGGAACCGAAUUUAUUUUAGAUUUAACCAGAUCUUGGUCAUGUGACUAAGUCGGGACCGAAUCCAGACCAAAUCCGAUCCGGACUUUUAUAAUAUCUGCUGAAAUCAUGAAUCUAUAAACUCAAAAUUCCAAUGAACCGAGCUGAACCUCGAUUGCUCAGCCUAGUUUUAAUUGAAGGAAGAAAAAUAGACUUUUUAAAAGAAAAGAGAAAAUAAAAAUAGCAAGUGAGAUUUUUGUAUUGCUAGGGGCUGUUAAAAAUCCUAAACCAUUCUAAAGCAAAAGAUGUUUUCGAUCGCAACUUCUUCGUCUUCCCAACUCUUCAAUUUUCAAAAUUCUCCGAAAUCCUUUAUCCCCGUCAUGUCAGCGGCGUCUGGGUUCAAAACCCUGACGGAGAAUUUCACUGUGAAGGUUCGUAAAGCAGAGAACCGCGAACUGAACGUCCCCCUGCUCUCCCCCUUCACCAUCGCUUCGUCGCGCCUCGAUUCCGUCGGAAACGUCGCGAUUCGGAUCGAGCUCAGCGGCGGAUGCGUCGGCUGGGGAGAAGCUCCGAUUUUACCCUCGGUGACGGCGGAGGAUCAGCUCACGGCCAUGGUUAAAUCCCGGGAAGCUUGCGAGCUUCUCAGAGAGUUGCCGGAGAUGAAGCUGGGUCACGUUCUUGAGGAGAUCGGCGGGAUUCUACCUGGGCAUCGAUUUGCAUCUGUAAGAGCGGGGGUGGAGAUGGCUAUGAUUGAUGCUGCUGCUAAGAGCGUUGGAGUUCCCUUGUGGAAACUCUUUGGUGGUGCUUCGAAUACAAUCACCACCGAUAUUACAAUUCCGAUAGUUUCUCCAGCUGAAGCUUCAUACUUGGCUGCAAAGUACAGAGAAGAAGGGUUUAAAACCUUGAAGCUCAAGGUUGGGAAGAACCUCAAGGCUGAUAUAGAAGUUCUCCAGGCUAUACGUGAAGUCCACCCUACUUGUUCCUUCAUUUUGGAUGCAAAUGAGGGUUAUAAAACAGAGGAAGCUGUUGAAGUUCUCCAAAAGCUUCAUGAAAUGAAGGUUACACCAGUUCUCUUUGAACAGCCUGUCCACAGAGACAAUUGGGAAGGUCUCAGGCAUGUGACUCGAGUUGCAAAGGACAGAUUUGGAGUCUCGGUUGCAGCAGACGAGAGUUGUAGAGACUUGACUGAUCUCAAGAGAAUCAUAAAAGAUGAUGUUGUAGAUGUUGUUAACAUCAAACUCGCUAAAAGCGGUGUCCUCGAGGCCCUUGUGGUGAUAGAAUUGGCUAGAUCGUCUGGAAUUGAGCUUAUGAUAGGGGGAAUGGUGGAGACUAGACUAGCAAUGGGGUUCUCCGGUCACCUUGCUGCUGGCAUUGGGUGUUUCAGAUUCAUCGACUUGGACACUCCACUUCUUCUAGCUGGUGAUCCCGUUCAAGGUGGCUACAAAGCACUGGGUGCUGUCUAUGAGUUUACAGAUGAAGGCGGUCACGGAGGAUAUCUUCACUGAAUGCACUGGCUUUGUGAGGAGUCUACUAGAGUCCUUGUUUAUGUAGUUCAUAAUGAACCAACCUCAAGUUUGAUGUUAGUUUUUGUGCUUAAAAAAAGCAUUACACCUUGUCCUAAAUUUUCAGUUUCCGUUAAAUAAGAGAAUGUAACUUGCAAGCUUUGUAACAUGUUUCCAAAUAAAUGUAAGACAUUCAUCCCAUUGAACUGAUUGGUUUGUUUCUGAAACACACACAACAAAGAGUCAUAUAAGACCAUCGUCUAUCUUCAAUCCACUUCUAUUUUCAUCUUUAUAUAUUUUUUUUUAAAUAGAAAAAUUCUAUUAUAGAAAUAGAUUUGUUGCAAACUUGUAAUAUAUACCUAUAUAAUAGAAUUUUUCUAUUUAUAAGAAAAAAAAUAUAGAGAAUUGUUAUUUUCAUUUCUAAAAAUAAAAACAAAAAGUAGAAUCUUAUUAUAAUACAUACAUUGGAGCAAAUUUAUUUUUAUAAUAGAGAUUUCUAUUUUAGAGAUGUACAUUGGAGAUGCUCUAACUCAACAUAAUUUAUACUUUUAAGUAUUGGGUAUUACAUUUUCAGAGUUAUUCAUUGUUACCAUUUACAUAGUAUCUUGGAGUUUUAUCUCUUUUUUAGCCAACAGUUUACUGUAGUCACUAACUAAAAUCAUUAUUAUAUAUUGAAGGUAAUGAUGAGAUUAUUUAGGAGAUAAAUAUAAGUUAUAUGACAUAUAAAUAUGUAAUUAGUUGAGGUGUUUAUCCUAACCAAGUCGGUUAAAGAGGUUGUAUAAAUACUCUUGUACGUACAUGAUAAGUUUGUUAUGGUAUCAGAGCCAGUCCAACACUCUGACCAAUUAAUCCGGCCCAGACAGUGGUCCGAUCAUCCCACGAAUUGAUAGCCCAAAGAAAGCUCAAUUACUUCGAAAUUUCUAGAAAAAUAAAGCAUUGUCUCGAAGGGAGUAUGAUGGCUUAUGCAAGAUUAAUGGUUAUACGCACCAUUAUCUCGAAGGAGGGUAUUGGAGAGAAGAUCUCACAUUAGAAAUAUGAAUGGGAAUUGAAUAAUAUAUAAGAGACUUAAGCCAAGUCACUUAAAGGUUUCGGGUUUCAACAUUCAUAUGCAGAUUAUUCCUUGUUCGUUUAUUCAAAAGGGAACGUGGAACUUCGGGUGCUCAUUUAUGUCGAUGAUUUACUAAUAUGUGGAAAUGACAUCGAUUUUUUGAGAAAAUUCAAAGAUCAUUUAGGGAGAUGCUUUCAUAUGAAAGACUUAGGAAAGUUAAAGUAUUUUUUAGGCAUUGAAGUUGGUCGUAGAGCAGAAGGCUUCAUGCUUACGCAACACAAGUAUACUCUUGAUUUGGUCGCAGAUGUUGGACUACUAGGCUCGAAACCGGCUGCUACACCUAUGGAAAUACAACACAAGUUAGCUCUGGAUUUGAGUCUGUUUUUGAGUGAUGCUGAGAAAUACGGGAGGUUGGUUGGUCGUUUGAUUUACUUGUCCAUUACGCGACCGAAUAUUUCGUAUGCAGUGCAUAUUCUGUCGCAAUUUAUGCAGAAACCUCGAGAGAUGCGGUGGGAUGCUGCUAUGAGGGUUGUUCGCUAUCUGAAAGGAACAGCUGGUCAAGGGAUAUUGUUGAGAUCUCAGGUUGAUACGAGUUUGUCUGUCUACUGCGACGCAGACUGGUCUGCAUGUCAUGCUUCUAGACGGUCUCUGAGUGCGUAUGUGGCAUUGGUUGGUGAUUCGCCGGUGUCGUGGAAGACUAAGAAGCAGGGAGUUGUGUCACAUUCAUCAGCUGAGUCGGAGUACAGGUCAAUGGCGCAAGCAACUAGAGAAAUAAAGUGGCUCAGGAGGCUGUUGCGUGACUUGGGGGCUCCACAAUGAAAACCAACUAAGUUGUUUUGUGAUAGCAAAUCGGCUAUACAUAUAGCGGCCAAUCCAGUGUUCCAUAAAAGAACCAAACACAUAGAAUCUGAUUGCCAUCAAGUCAGGGAUGCGAUACAAGAUAAACUGUUUGAGACGGUCCAUGUCAGAACAACUGAGCAACUAGCGGAUGUCUUGACUUGGAAGUGCAGUUUGAGUCCUUGUUGUUCAAGUUGGGAGUACGAAACUUUCAUCUUCCCAACUUGAGGGUAUUGGAGAUAAUGAUAAGAUUAUUAGGAGAUAAGUAUAAGUUGUGAGACAGAUAAAUAUGUAAUUAGUUGAGAUGUUUAUUCUAAUCCCAAGUCGGUUAAGGAGGUUGUAUAAAUACUCUUGUACGUACAUGAAUAAGAUCAAGCAAUUCUAUAAGCUUACAUUAUAUAAAUAGAAAAUACGAAAAUAGUAUAACACAAUUGGAAAUGAAAAGAGUUACUUUUUCAAGAGAGGAAAGUUCAAAAUGAGAUGUUCUUGCGGAGAAAAGAGACUGUACAGUGGUAGUAGGUGUGGUGGUGACUGGUGAGGCGUGGAAAUCUCAAUAGAUGUUAUAUCUGGUAAAGGUCCAAUUACAAAUCAGAUUAAUUGUAUUUUAAAGUUUUGAACUAUGAAAAUGUUAGCACUAGAAUUUUUUUUUGAACAGCCGUUGUUUUUAUUUCUAAAGAUCACAAGUAAGAGUACAUUGCUAGAGCCAUAAAACAAAGCUAACAAGCUAAACAGAGUUGGCAAUAGAUAAUUCUACAAAUAUUUCCUGAUUUUUUUUAUAAAUUGUUUUUUCUUCUGACAAUAACCAGGAUAAGCUAAAAGAAACACAAUCCAAAAAAAACUUUUUUUUUUAUCAUCUUUCAUCUCCAACAAGCAUACAAUAUAUUUUCAUAUAAGCGGGGCAAUAAUAACAAUACAAAUCGUGACACUACUCACUAGGCGUGAGAAUCUUAAAGUUCAUAUCACGAUCGAUGCUUUGGACCCACACUUUUUUAUUACUCAAUAAAAAAAUUGGUAAACAUCAAAAUUCAAAGUCGAAGACACAUGUUUGUAUGAGCUACAACUUCAACAACCAAUGUGUGAACAUGUUUUUUAGUGAUCAGCUACUCCUACACUACACACCAAACUUUUGCAUGUUCUACCUCCACAAGUGUUUUUGGAUCAUGAUCAUAUACGCUCUUGCUUCUUCUUUUCAUGCUACAUUAAUGAUCUUUCUCCAACGAAUGUACACGUUUGAGCUAUACAUCUUCUAGCUAUGUAGACCUUCACAAGAUGUUUUGACAAAAUCUAGUUGCCUAAGAAUACUCAACAACUAAUCUUUCCAUUAAUUUACUACAAUUGCGCCAAAAGAAAGAAAACUACAAAAGACGAAGUUUCAAUGAUUGAUUGAGGCAAUGAUUAUCCCCAAACGCACGCUUCUUCUCAAGAUAUCAUCAUUUUGUAUACGAAAACUAUUUGAUUAUUGAUUCUGUUAACAUAGUAAUUAGUUAGGUUCAUAUAUACAUAUAUACAAGUGCAUUUCUCCAAAAUAUUAUUACUAUCACAGUGUGUGUGAGGUUGAUAGAAGUAAUGAUGACGAGCCGGCAAUAUAUAUUGGGACGACACAAGUACCAUCACCGAAAGUCCUCUUCGCCUCCCAAGUCCACGCUUCGACCCCACUUUUCAUUUGUUUAUGUUUUAUUUUUGUUCGGUAAACCUAACACGUUAUGGUGUGCUUAUUACGAUCAUGUUAAAAUGGUUAUGAUAUCAUGUGUGUUUGAUAGUAAAAACAUCGUUAUACUAAUUCGUAUUAGUCAGUUGUUUUUCUUUGGUUGACAAUCUACAUAUAUGAGUUUCUAAGUGCAUCUUUCCCCACUUUUAGUGCUCCUUCUCCACUUGGAAAUAAAAAGAGGCGUAUAUAAGUCUAAGAACCCACAAGAAAAGUAUUAUUUGAAAUUUGUAUGCUUUUCCCUAAUUUUGGCCAUUAAUCUUGAUUGUUUAAUGUUCCUUGAGUAGCCAAAAACUCCACAAACCAAUUUCUCCCAUAUAUCUCCUUUUAUUUGUAAGAGUAUCGAUCUUCAAAAAAUGCUUAUAGCUCAGUAUUUAUGAUUCACAACUCGAAUUUAAACUGGCUUGAAUGAUGACAGCAUUUUUUUUUUUUUUUUGAACUUAGCUUAUGACAACAUUUUGUUGUCAAAAAAAAGUAAUGAUAACAACAUUUUCAGAAACUAUUAAGUAAUGAAUUUAUUCGCCUCCGGCACACAUAUAACACACAACACAACUUAUCGAUGUUUAGUUUUUGAUCAAACACUUGACUACAGAAACUACUACAUUUUUUUUUAACACAUCAGAAACUACUACAUUAUUUUUUACAUGUAUUAGUCCAAAGCUGAACUAAAAUGAUAAGACGCCGCCCUAUAAGCAAGCGCACUAAUAGAUUAAUAUUUUGAAUAAAAAUUUCAAUCCAUGUUUCUUAAUAAAUUUUUAUUUAUGAAAUACUAACAAAGUGUGUGUUUCAAAAAAAAAAACAAAAAAUACUAACAAAGUGUAGAAAAAUGUAAAAAAAUUUUUUAUCACUUUCCGGCUCUAUAAAAAGGAAGAGAUGCACAUAUCAAAAACCACAAAUACCAGAGCACACUUCCAUAAACUUUCAGAACAAACAAAAGAAGAAGAAGAAGAAGAAAAAUGGUGAUGAUCAAGGCUACAUGGGUUUCCAUCUUCGCCAUCGCGGCGGUUCUCCUAGUGAUUCUAGCCCCGGCGGCAGAAGCAGUGACGUGCUCGCCAAUGCAGCUAAGCCCAUGUGCGCAGGCGAUAACGUCGUCUUCUCCACCGUCAGCGUUGUGCUGCGCGAAGCUGAAGGAACAGAAGCCAUGCCUAUGUGGGUACAUGAGAAACCCUAGCCUCCGUCGCUUCGUCAGCUCUCCCAACGCUCGUAAAGUCUCUAACCGCUGCAAGCUCCCCAUCCCAAGGUGUUGAAAACUCAAAAAACCAAACAGCGUUUGCUAUUUGCGAUCAUCCUAUACGUGUUUCAAUCCUACUUUUGGUGUGUGUGUCUAAGAUUGUUCAUUAUGAUCAUGAAGUAGUAGUCUAAAGUAAGUGUUACCCUUAAGAAUAACAAUGUGUGAUGAUGCUUGUAUGCAUCUUAUUUCAA